ACCAAUAAUUUAAUUAAGUAGAAAAAGAUAAGAGAGAAGAGAGAGAGCAAUGGCCAAUGCGAAGCACUUUUGUCUCUUCGGCUUCUUUUGUCUGUUAUUACAGUUAUUCUCCAUCUUCCAUAUAGGAAAUGGGGAAUUGGAGAUGAACUAUUACAGAGAGAGUUGUCCAAAAGCGGAAGAGAUUAUAAGACAACAAGUGGAAACGCUUUACUACAAACACGGCAACACAGCCGUAUCUUGGCUCCGUAAUCUCUUCCAUGACUGUGUCGUCAAGUCGUGUGAUGCGUCGCUGCUUCUAGAGACAGCGAGAGGUGUGGAAUCUGAGCAGAAAUCGAAGAGGAGUUUCGGUAUGAGAAACUUUAAGUACGUUAAGAUUAUCAAAGACGCACUCGAGAAAGAGUGUCCUUCCACAGUCUCUUGCGCUGAUAUUGUCGCUCUCUCUGCUAGAGACGGUAUUGUCAUGUUGAAAGGGCCAAAGAUAGAGAUGAUAAAGACAGGAAGGAGAGAUAGCAGAGGGAGCUAUUUGGGAGAUGUUGAGACUCUAAUCCCUAACCACAAUGACUCUCUUUCCUCUGUUAUAUCCACCUUUAACUCCAUUGGUAUCGAUGUCGAAGCCACCGUCGCUCUCUUAGGUGCUCACUCAGUGGGUAGGGUCCACUGCGUUAACCUAGUGCACCGGCUAUACCCAACGAUUGACCCGACUCUCGACCCAAGUUACGCCCUUUACUUGAAAAAACGUUGCCCAAGUCCAACACCGGACCCGAACGCCGUCUUGUACUCCCGAAACGAUCGUGAGACUCCGAUGGUUGUGGACAACAUGUAUUACCAGAACAUCAUGGCUCAUAAGGGGCUUCUUGUCAUUGAUGAUGAGCUAGCCACCGAUCCAAGGACCGCCCCGUUUGUGGCCAAGAUGGCUGCGGACAAUGGUUACUUCCAUGAGCAGUUCUCACGUGGCGUCAGGCUCUUGUCCGAGACCAACCCACUCACUGGAGACCAAGGGGAGAUCAGGAAGGAUUGCCGUUAUGUGAACUAAUAUUGGUUAUAAAUUAUUAUAUUGUCA